UGUAGGUGCAGUAUACUUGAAUUAUUACAGACCAAUUACAGCUAUACAUCAUUUAGAAAACACUAAAAGAGCAAACGCCUACUGAAAAUAAAAAAGGAACAGUCAUCUGAAAAACCCAAAACUGCCUAAAUCAAUAUCUCCCUCGCCACCUGGUGCGUAAAAGCGUUGGAGUCCGUGGUCUGAGAGGAAGAAGUUGGCGGGUCCAGUGCGUCAGAUCGUGACUUCACAGCCAGGGUCUGAGGAGCAGAGCGGCUUUGCAGGAAGCUCUCAGUCACCAGAGAGACAGGGGCACGAAGAGGAGCUCUCCCCCCUCUGCACAACUUCAACCUGCAGCUGCUGACAGGAGUUCUUCUGCUGGAUGGGUCUGUCAUGGAUGUCUUCAUGGAGACAAAACGACACUUUUUGUGGACUGUAGUGGAUCUGGAUGAGAUGUUUGAUAAAGAAGCUAAAGGAGUUUGCGCGCCUGUUUUCUAAAGAUACGUGUUUUUUUUUCAAUGCUUAGUGUGUUUUUUCUAAAGUGCACAGAGCUCCAGCUUCCCUCCGUGAUGGAAAACCUGACCUUAGAUGACAUGAACAUGGAGAAUGACACGUCGGCGCGCGAGAACCAGACCCUGGGUGUUUGGACGGACUACUCUGUUGAGUACAAGGUGGUCAGCGUAUUCCUGGUGUCCCUCAUCUGCGGGGUGGGGAUCGUGGGGAACAUGAUGGUCAUCCUGGUGGUCCUGACCACCAAGCACAUGCGGACUCCCACCAACUGUUAUCUGGUGAGCCUGGCGGUGGCGGACUUGAUGGUCCUGACGGCCGCCGGGCUACCCAACAUCACGGACGCCCUGCGCGGGCAGUGGGUGUACGGCUACGCGGGCUGCCUUGGGAUCACCUACUUCCAGUACCUGGGGAUCAACGCGUCCUCCUGCUCCAUCACCGCCUUCACCGUGGAGCGCUACAUCGCCAUCUGCCACCCCAUCAAGGCGCAGUUCCUGUGCACUUUAUCCAGAGCAAAGAAAAUCAUCAUGCUGGUGUGGGCGCUCACCUCGGUCUACUGCGUCAUGUGGCUCUUUCUGUCCGACACCACAAAGUUAGUGUACGACAACGUGGUAAUGCUCACCUGCGCCUACAAGGUGUCCAGGAGUCACUACCUCCCCAUUUACUUCGCGGAUUUCACCGUGUUCUACGUGGUUCCGCUCAUGCUGGCCACAGUUCUGUACGGACUGAUCGCCAGAAUCCUGUUCCUCAACCCGCUGCCGUCCGACCCGAAAGCUGGCAGCCAGAAGUGGAGGAGGGAGGCGAGUCAGGGGGGGAGGAUGAUCAGCACCAGCUCCUCCAGCAGCACCACGGCUGCCUCUCGCAGACAGGUGACGAAGAUGCUGGCUGUGGUGGUGGUCCUGUUUGCCUUGCUUUGGAUGCCCUACCGCACCUUAGUGGUGGUCAACUCCUUCUUGGACACAGCCUACCUAGACACCUGGUUUCUGCUCUUCUGCCGUCUCUGCAUCUACCUGAACAGCGCCAUCAACCCAGUCAUCUACAACGCCAUGUCUCAGAAAUUCCGCACCGCCUUUAAGAAGUUGUGCCACUGCGGCCCUCAGCGCAUGGAGAAACCUGCGGCUUACAGCGUGGCGCUCACCUACAGCGUCAUCAAGGAGACGUCCAACGGGGAAAGUCCUGACCACUUCACUACAGAGAUGGAUGAGCUUCACUCACCAUGUGAUCAGUAUCUGCCUACCAGCAUCCUGCCAAGUGCCAAAAAGAUGCAGUAUGUGGAUUCUCCGCUGUCUGGUGGAGACGCCAAAGCCUGACUGGAGACCAACUCUGCAUCUUAAGUGGAUAUCAGAGAUUCUGACAGCUACAUUAUGAACUCAGGCAAGUUUUUCCAUUAAAGAGUACAGAAAUGUCCAGUUUAGCUAAAGUGUUUGAUCUAGUAAGAGCCAUUUUUGAAGUGAAAUAGGAUGCAUUAAAAAUCUGCAGACUUUUAAUAUUUUGCACAAAAUUAGUCAGUCAGACAAAUUUGUAAAUAAUUCUCAGUUUACAGAGAAAAUGUGUGAAAAACAACGCCCCAAAGCUUAACAAGCAAAGCUGAGAGAAAAAUGCUAACACGAUGAUAGCACAGCACCACCGUUUAUAUAAAUCCAGCAUUCAAAAGAUAAUUUUGUACAAGGAGUUUAGUGAAGUUUAUUCUACGCUUUCAUGACUGAUUCUGUAAAAGCAGUGGGCCUUAUCUCAUCUUCUUUUUACUUUCCAUGGGGAGCGGUAGAUAAACGUGACAGUAAACAGCAGAAAACCUCCACGUGGACCCGUUUAUUUCCCUUUACGGUUGAUUUUUAAGCUGUUCAGCGUGUAAUUCAACAGUUUGUUGACUCCCGCCAGCACCUGUUUCAGCUCCAGUGGGCAGACGUUUACAACAAUAAGCUUUUAACUGCCCCUUUACACCAUUUACUCUGCACCAGGUUUUAAAAUAAGAAAGAACUGCAGCUUGCAGUUUGAAAUCAUCUCAGCUUUUUAUCCAGUAUUUGAUCAAAUACAUUUCUGGAAGAGAAGGUGGAGAAUCAAAGAUAAGUUUGAGGUUUGUGGUAACACCUUCCCACUCCUCCCAUCUUGCCAACAUUUCCACUGCAUGAAUCUCUGAAACCACUUCUUUUUCCGCUCAAUAUUACUUCCUGUUUAGCACAUGCUGGAUAAGUAGAGUCAAAUUUUCUCCCCUGAACAGUCUCAGUUUAGGGAACCGUGAUGAUUUGUGGAAACAUCAGGUCUUGUAUGAAGUGUUGAGCUGUGUUUGUGUUGGAUGUAAAACAGGGAAGCAGAAAUCUAGAGAAUACUCUCUCCAAAAUGAGGUUUUAAGAAUAAAUCUGACUAUGUUACUCAACAUCAUCAUCAUUAGUAAUGACUGCACCAAAAUCACAGCAGAUUCCGCUUAAUGUGCUUCUGUGCAUUUGCUCUUUUUAAAUGACCAUCUCCACAUGGAUGCUAACAUUAUUUAUGCAGCUUAGAGGAAGAUGAGCUUGUAAGGUUUUGUCCACAUUUCUGAAAUUUAAUAGAGGUAAGAUUAACAGUGUUACAAAAAUAACCUCUCCAACAUUAUAACUUUUCUGCACUUUAAUAAAAAGGUUCUCUUCAAUAGAAAUAAAGAAACUUGGAUUUUAUGUUGUAUUUACAUUUUCCAAACACAAAACAUUACAUAAAUGAAAGAUUUGUUUUAAUCCAGUUUAGGUUUAUUAAUGUGAGCUGGAGACAUGGAGCACGUACAAUUUGCCCCUCUGCCCAAGGAAACAAAUGAGCAGUUUUCUUCAAGUUAAAGAAUCUUUAUCCAAGUUAAUUGUUUCUCUUCAUCUUGAUAUGUAAUUAAUGUGAAUGCUUCUGCCACCUUGUGGCCUUUUUUGAUUCAUAAACGAGUAAAAAAAAACUAACUAUUUAAUUUAAUUGCCAAAUAUCUAAUUAUAAAAAAAUAUCUGUUGUAGUGUUGGCCAGAUCAAAGUCUUUUAACACAUUUGUGUGGCCAGUGUCAUGAAUUAGCUCAACUGAGAUCAUUAAUCUUCUCAGCAUAUAUAUUUUUAUUUCCACAUGACAUUGCACAUGCAUCAGGAAAUCAUACCAAAGCAAAUUAUUUUCCAAUAAAUGAAAUUAUUUUCUUUAAAUACUGAUUAGAAUAGGACGGGAUUCCUCCUUCUGGGCUUUGAGAGAAAGGAUUCACACUUAGACAGACUUUUAAAGAAGCAUUUAUGGAGCUAGGAUUAGGACAAUAUUACACAUAACUUGUACCAAGUCUUGUAACUUGUAACAUGUUUUGUAACUGUAACCUUCAUUUUGUAACAUAUAAUUCACAUUUUGUAACAUGUAACCUUUGUUUUGUAACACACAUUUUUGUUAUUGUCAGUCAUAACUUUUGUGUUCUAAGACGUAACUUUUGUUUUGUAGCAUAUAGUUCUUGUUUUGUAACAUGAAACUUUCGGUACGUAAGUUACGUUUUAGAAAACUAAAGUUACGUGUUACAAAACAAGAAUAACAGACUACAAAAGGAAAGUUACGGGUAACAAAAUGUGAAUGACAUGCUACAAAAGGAAAGUUAUGUGUCAAAACUAAAAUUGCAUGCCACAAAAUGAAAGUUACAGGUUACAAAACGUGAUUUACAUGCUAUAAAACGAAAAUUACGUGUCACAAAACAUAAAUUACAGGCUAUAAAAUGAACGUUACAAGUUACAAAAGCAUUCACAUCACAUUUCAGAUCAUAUUCAUUAUUUAGACUGAUUCUACAACUUGUCCUUGAACCCAAAUAAUUUUCCAUCUCAGCAUGCUGGAUGCACAAAGACGAAGAAACCACCACUAAUGAGGAUCACUGCUGCUUUUGAAUGAACAAUCAUAAAUCAGUAAAUUAAUGAAAAAGAUCCAAAAGUAUUAUGUUUAUUUCUUUAAUAAUUAAUUAUAGACUUAGCUGUUUCUCUGUUGGCAGCCUUUAUUAGAAAGCAGUGCAUGAUGCAGAUCAGAAUGUAGGAUAUUAGUCAGCAGUGCAUCCUCAUGUGGAAAUACUAAUCAUUUGGAUACAUUUAGGAAAAACAGGAUUCUGGCAGGUUUUAUUGUCACUUGAAACUAUCAGUGUUGAACAAACCAACACAUAAAGCAGAUCUCUAUUUCCUCUCUUAUCCUGUUCUUGUAGCUUCUUUUGGGUGAUUAGUGUUGACACCAUCUGUUCUGUACAGCUCCAAUGGACCAUUCCCCGUUUCUGUUCUGCAAGGAUUUUACUGACAAAGCAAAAAUGUUUCCUUUCUGUUAGCGCAGCUCUACUCCUGAAGCCAUGUAAUUCAAAUUAAUCUGAAUGCACACCACCAUGACAUUUUCUUUUUGCUUGGAGAGGAAAAGCACAGAUGUUGGAUUACAUGACCUUUAACAGUGGUCUCGGUGCAGAAAGAGGAAGAUAUUAGAUACUCACUUAAAGCUGCUGUCAGUUCAGAAUCACCUGAACAAUAAUGAUUUCUGCAGGGAGUAGUUUGAUUAGUCUCAACGUGACAGACACACCGAAGCCUUCCGCUGCUCUGGUCACUGUGAAGACGAUCGCUGUGGAGAGCCCGUGAAGGUCAGUGGGCACUGCAUCAGAAAAUGGGAGAUAUGAACUCCUCAAGUGCAGAAAAAGUACAUUUAAAACCAGCUGCAUUGAAUCACAGGUAUUGGCCGCAGCAUGAGGCCCUUUUCUGUUAUUUAUUUGCUCAACAAGCCCCUAGGGGCUUAAGCUUAAGGCAGUGCUGGAAUGUGUAAAUAAGUCACAACAUAGAGCCAUGCUUGAUUUGGUGGAACUCAUAUGUAAAUAUUGAAAACCACACCUGAUUUCUGCUUGAACUGCACACGUGUGCAACUGAAGUCUGCAUAGAAGGAAUAAUCAAGUGGAUGCUGUGAAAGGGACAUGUGUUGUGUCAGAAGCUGUUUGUUUUUUGUCUAUAUUAUGAAGAUGUGUAAAGUUGAUUGUUCAGUACAAUGUGAAAUUUAUGCCGUAUUGUAUUUUAUUUUAUUUUCAAUGUGUGCCAGCAAAUGCGCUCUUACAAUAACAGCUUGCUUUGAUCUUUUGUUCCAUCCGUCUGUUUCUUGUCAUUUCAGUCCAGUGGGUGAAAGUUAAUCUCCAUAGUAGACAGGAUUGCACACUUUUACAGUUCUCAUUUUUUCGGAAUUGUUUUUGACUCUUCGACAAACAUGAUUUUGUUUUGCACGGUGUGCAGGUAGCAGGAUGAAUACUGGCUUUUGUGAUGUGAAAACAUGCAGGAAAAAAGAACAGAAGAAGAAAAUUGGUGUGUUUUCAUGUGAAGCGUCAUUCUUUGCACUUUUAUGUUUAAAAGUGUUAUUUUUUCAGCUUUUGCUGCUUGAUGGGUUGUUUUGUAUUUUGAAUUGUUCAUUGUCUAUAAUAAAAAAAUAAUUAUUGUU